CUUCACACACGUCUGAAAUUUAAGAACGGGUUGGUGUUGCAGCUACAUUCUGCAGUGUGAAGAGACUGAUCUGCACGUAAAUAAUUCAGGACACUAGACUGUAUUUCUGACUUCCUGAGUGUAGCGUGUUAGCAAACUUUUGAUCAUGGCACUGGACGGAUGUGGCCAGCUGUGCAAGUGUAUCCUCAUCCUUUUCAACAUCCUUUUUGCCCUGGUGGGUUUUGCAAUGUUGGGGUUGGGCUUGUGGCUGAGGUUCAGCUCUGAGACCAGAGGAUUUUUCGACAUAGACCUCAACACACAACAGUUUGUCAUCGGUGUGUCAGUGUUGAUUGCGUUAGGAGCAGUGAUAUUGCUCGUGGCUGUUUUCGGAGACUAUGGAGCAUGCAAUGAGAAUAGGACUGCAUUGGGAGUGUUUUCCUGCCUGCUGGCUAUCCUGGCUGGAUUAGAGAUUGGAGCCGGUGUGUUCGCCUACAUGAGAAGCGAUGAGGUGGGAGAGCAGCUGGCAAAAUUCUAUAUGACUGUGUACGCUCAGUAUGUGGACAAAGGAGGAGACCCUGGCUUGACUGUUACCCUGACCAUGUUCCACAAUGUGUUGCACUGCUGUGGACUCAUUGGUGCCUUGGACCCCUUGGUCCAAAGAACAUGUCCCGAUACCGGCUUUUUGGAGACCUUCACUCUCCCUGCCUGCCCCACAGUGAUCGUCAACCUCUUUGAGUCCAAAGCGCCUCUGGUGAUGGGCCUCUUCCUUGGGACUGCUGCUAUGCUGAUCUUUGCCCUGGUGUGCAGCUCCCUCCUCAGCAAAGAGAUCCAGCGCUCCCAGUCCUCUCCUCCCCCCUACAUCCUCCUCUCCUCUACUGUCCUCUCCCCCCCUAACCAGGACCCUGUGGUCUUUUCCCCGCUCCCUGUCAUCAUACCUGUGGCUGAUGCACUGUAACUCCUUACCCCUCCAUCUUUAUUUACACCAAUGAUCUAUGCUUCUUUCCUUGCACACAGAUUCUUUCUUUCCACUGCUCAGUAAGGGCCAUGUCUAGUCUCACUGCAAGCUAUCCAACUUGUCCCAUUUAAAUGUCUGGAAUGAG